GCUGCCUAGAACAGAAGUCCUGCUAGUCGCCUCCGUCUGGGUACCAGCCCCCUAUUACUCUGCAGGCAGGCGUGUGAAGGAAGAAGGAAACUAGCCCGGACGGUGCAGGGAGACCCGGCUGACUUCGGGCGGGGGUCCGGGGAGUGGAUGGCUGUGACAGCGACUCCCAGAAAAGGAAGCUUCCACCAUCAGUGCGCUCGUGUCCCGAUCUCUGCUCCGUCCACCAAGCACUUCGUCCCCUCGGCCCCUGCCUGUCUGCCGCUCUAUUCCUCACAAGAGAGCGACAAGACCCGGGAGAGGCUGAAGACUACUACCUGCCUGCAACACUCAUCCCUGUGCUAGGGGUCCUCUCAUUCAGGUGGAGCAAGGCCCUCUGAUGUCCUGCCCCAGGACAGACUGGAGCAUGGGCCGGGCUCGGGAGGUGGGUUGGAUGGCCGCGGGGCUGAUGAUUGGGGCUGGUGCCUGCUACUGUGUUUACAAGCUAGCCAUAGGAAGAGAGGACAGUGAGAAGCUGGAGGAGGAGGAAGAGGAAUGGGACGAUGACCAGGAGCUGGAUGAGGAAGAACCGGAGUUUUGGUUUGAUUUUACAACCAUGGCACGGCCCUGGAGUGAGGAUAGGGAUUGGACAGAACCUGGGGCCCCUGGUGGCACUGAGGACAGGCCCUCAGGUGGAGGCAAGGCCAACAGAACACACCCCAUAAAACAGCGCCCAUUCCCUUAUGAACAUAAAAGUACUUGGAGUACUCAAAGCUUUAAAAAUGUCACUUACGUUCUUGGCCUCUCCAAGUGUCCUUCCAUUCAGGGUAAAAUGCCAUUUGCUCAACCCAAGGAAGCUGGCUUUUCAUUCAGCCACAAUAUCAAUAGUCAUUUGGCCAGACUCUCCACUGUCAGAAACACAAUCCCCACUCCCGACCCCGCUCUUGAGGAGAAGGCCUGGUGUGCCCUGGAUAACUGGGACAUGAGUGCCACUGUCCAGGGCCAGAUUAAGAUGUCCAUCAAUGAAGUGUGGCGGGAGGCGGUGUCACUCUGCUGCAGCUCCCUUCUGCAGCAGGCAGGAGUGAGGCUGUUAAUAGGCAUGACGGUUAUUAACGCCGCGCUUGCCAAGCCCGCUUCAGACUUGAAGUUUCCUUUGACAACAGAGGCAAGUGGAUGUGCUGACGCCGCUCAGGUUUGGAAACCGCUGAUGGGUUUGUGGGAAAAGCCAGGCUCCGCUGGGCAAUUGCUGCACGCCCAGAGGCUGCUCUCAUCCAUGUCCCUCUCUGUCAGGCCCUGAAACAGAGAGCUUCCCCCAGGCACCCCGGUCUCUUAAAUGGCCGCCCCCCCCCACCACCACCAGACUGGGACUGAAUCCAGCCCCACC